AUGUUCAUUAGAUGGCGUGCCGAGAUAAAGGAUUUGCGGGAAGAGAAUCGGUAUGCGUUGGGAUACUUGAGCACUCUUGAGAGAUGCUCUUGUGCACCACCUAAGAAGGCUACUAGGAGGUAUAACCUAAAGAGGCCUAGGCUUUCUUCUAGGGUUAUGGAUGCUAUAGUAGACCCAGAUGGGGAUCUUGGUGAUGACUGUUUUGAUGACUUUGAUGAGGCAAUCAUUGCACCUUUAUCCAACCCAGUACUCCAGAAGUAUACUAUGGUCAAUGCUGAUGUUAUGAAGGAGAAGGAGGCCACUCCUGUCAUAUUACAUUCGAAGGUUGGUACUGGUAAAGUAAAGAAGCAACCACCAUCCUCACCAGCAUCCUCAGUGAAGGCUUCUACUGUGUGGCAUAGUGCUAUAUCGGUGGCGAGCUCAAACAACACUCCAAGGUCUACUACCAAUGCUUCCCCAUCCCCUAUCGAUGAUGAUGAUGAAGGAGACGAGGAGGGUUUUGAUUCCGACAAUGGUGAAGACCCCUCAGAUGAUAAAGAACCACCCACGACGAAGAUGCUCGUGUAUGGGUAUACAGCUCGAAGGAGGGCGAAGAUGUAUGAUUGGGACAAAAUGGCAGCAGCAUCAGUUCAACCCGACUUUAGGAGGAGUACUAGGGAGUACACUCAAGUCUUCACCGAUUCUAAGCAUCUUAUCAGCAAGUAUGGUCUCCAUAGGCAAGCUAUUAGAGACUUCCUCGAGCAAUAUCAGGAUAAGAGUCUUAGUGACGAUAUUUGGGGGACUAAGAAGUACAUGACUCAACUACAGAAGGUGGUUGAUGGUCUUAAUGACCGUGUUGAUAUUAGUUUGGAUGAUCUACAGCAGUCUACCAUGGAGGACGGCCUUAUUGAGGCUAUUAUAAAGAAUACUCAGAGAUACCAUCUCUUUUUCGUAGAGGAGUGUCAUGCCAUCAUGCCUCAGCCCUCAGUACAUUUCCAACCAAACCCCAAUAGAGAUGUAAGAGCUCAGAAUGAGUGGAAGGAGGCUGUGGAUGAACAUAUCACCUCACAGAGGGCCCUCGCGGGUACUGCUGAUCCUCAGAAUAAGAUGCCGGAGCGAAUGAAAUGGGACUUUGUGGUGUACAUCCAUCUACCUAAAGACUCUGUAUCGACACCCCUUCGUGAGGUUAAGUCCGGUAGUGUUGGUAGGUUCAUCAAAAUGGAUGGUGUUGUUACCAAGGCCGCUGGAGUUAAGGCUAAAGUGGAGGUUGCUACAUAUCUGUGUGAAACCUGUGGGGAGACGAUAUGGCAGGUUGUCGAUUCGGAUGCAUUCAUGCCUAUUGGACAGUGUCCUACUCCUCGUUGCAAAACCAAUAAGACUCUUGGUACUGUGAACCUCUUGUGGAAAUCAUCUAAGUUCGUCAAAUACCAAGAGGUAAGAGUUCAGGAGCCGAGCCAUGCAGUACCGGUUGGAUCGGUACCUAGGACCAUGCUAUUGGCAUUAACCCAUCACUUGACCAGAUCAGUUCUACCUGGUGAUGCUGUGACGGUGAGUGGUAUCUACUUGCCUAUUCAGCGGCAUGCAGCCUCGAGGAUGAGGCAACGAGGUCGAGCCAGGAAUGAGAUGUAUAUCCACGUGUUCGACAUCGAGAAGCAUAAGAAGGGUUAUGCCGAGCAGACAGAAGAGGCGGAGAUGGCUCAGAAGAUUAAUGAGGCAAGAGAUGACCCCGAUAUCGUCGAUAAAUUGGCAUGCAGUAUUGCCCCAGAGAUCUAUGGGCUGUCCGACGUUAAGAAGGCUCUACUCUGUCUGUUAGUGGGAGGAUGUACUAGACAGAUGGGGGAUGGUAUGCGGAUCAGAGGGGACAUGCACAUCUUACUCAUGGGAGAUCCUGGUGUUGCCAAAUCCCAGCUAUUGAAACACUUGUCAUUGAUAGCACCACGGGCUGUGUAUACUACAGGGAAAGGGAGCUCUGGAGUUGGUCUAACGGCUAGUGUUCAGAGAGAUCCUCAGACCAAUGAGAUGACCCUGGAUGGAGGGGCACUGGUCAUGGCCGAUAAUGGUAUAUGCUGUAUUGAUGAAUUCGAUAAGAUGGAGGAGUCUGACCGUACUGCUAUUCAUGAGGUUAUGGAGCAACAGACGGUGUCUAUUGCCAAGGCAGGUAUCACUACUACAUUGAAUGCUAGGACGUCAGUGGUGGCUGCUGCCAACCCAGCCUAUGGACGGUAUAAUCCUAAGAAGUCUGUAUUGGAGAACCUUAACCUUCCAGCUGCCCUACUAUCACGUUUCGAUAUACAAUUCUUAUUAUUGGAUACUGUUAAUGAGGAUAAGGACAUUGCCCUAGCCAGGCAUGUCGGUAAUGUACACAGACUCGGAGAGGUCCCUCAAGAGUUGGACUUUGAGCCCUUUGGUGCUGAAUUUAUGAGAGCUUACGUCCGCAGAGCUCGUGAAUUCACCCCGACUCUGGAGCCUUCCUUAGAGACAGAGAUAGUGAACCACUAUACCAAUAUUAGGGCUCAGGAACGUAGUGGUACUCACGAUAAGCUCAAGACUUACACGACCCCUCGAACUCUUCUGGCCAUCCUUCGUCUGGCACAGGCUCUUGCACGGUUGAGGUUUUCUGAGGCUGUCCAGCGUAGUGACUUCGAUGAGGCAUUAAGGAUCAUACAGGCAAGUAAGGCAUCAGUGUCGGACUCGGCUAACAGGGGUCAGCAAAGGGCAAUUGAUCCUGAGUCGAGGUGUUGGGAGGAUAUGUCCGAGUUCCUACGUCGUGUGACCCCAGGCGAAUGGGCCUCUAUGAACGACCUCGAGAGUUACGUGCAGAAGCGUGGCACAGCUACUCGUGAUGUAAUUCAGAAGACUAUCGCUGCCUAUGAGAGGAUCAAUAUACUUGGCGUCAGUGAGGAUAGGACGAAGAUCUGCAUGCUAGGCUGA